AUGUCGUCCACCCCUUCAUCCUCCUCCGCACCGCCCGGAAAGCUAUCCCGCACAGAGUUCCGGCGGCUAAAAGACCUCGAGGAAGACCGAAAAGCAGGUCGAGCACCCGCCGAACUCGACGAAGAUGGAAACAUCAUCAAUCCCCAUGUUCCUUCUUACAUGGCUCAGGCACCCUGGUAUAUGGAUACCGGCUCAAAAUCCCUAAAGCACCAAAAGAAGCCUGUCGACCCCAACGCACACAAGGCAUCCAUCAACGAUUGGUACAACCGCGGCUCCUCCUCCUCCUCCUCUACCUCCCUUCCCGCUCCGAACAAGUUCCGAAAGGGAGCAUGCGAAAAUUGUGGUUCGCUGACCCAUAAAACUCGAGACUGUCUCGAACGGCCGCGCAAAAAGGGUGCCAAAAAACUCGGCAAGACUCUAGCAGGCGAUCAUAUCCUCUCCGAACCUCAAGGGUUAGACUACGCAGCAAAACGUGAUCGAUGGAACGGAUACGACCCCUCGGAGCACAAGAAAGUCAUUGAAGAAUUCGAAGCAAUCGAACAAGAACGUCGACGCCUCAAAGAAGAGCAAAUCGAUCAUCAAACAUCCUCCGACCUCAAACACGCCCAAAAACUAGCCCAGAAACCAAGCAAAUCCACCCAUAACCACAACAACGGCAACAGAGAUGCUCUUGAUUUCAGCUCGGACGAAUCGGAUUCCUCCAACGAAGACAAAUACGCCGAUAAAGCAGAUGCUGUCGGUCAAAAAGUUGACAACCGCAUGACAAUCCGCAACCUACGCAUCCGAGAAGACAGAGCUAAGUAUCUCUACAAUCUCGAUGUCAACUCUGCAUAUUACGAUCCGAAAACGAGAACCAUGCGGGAGGCUCCCAACCCGAAUAUCAGGCCGGAAGAUGCUGAGUAUGCGGGGGACAACUUUGCUCGUGCUCAAGGUUCCCAAGCUGGUUCUCUAGCCAAUCUUCAACUCUUCUCGUGGCAGGCCGAGACGAGGGCGGCAGUAGGGGGAACGGAUGUUAAUUUGCAAGCGAACCCAACAGCGAAUGAAAGACAGUAUAGAGAAUUUAAACAGAGAAGAGAUCAAUUGAAACAGGAUAUGAGAGGCAGUAUACUGGACAAGUACGGGGGUGAGCAACAUUUCGAUGCGCCACCGGAGGAACUGCUCAAGGGGCAGACCGAGGUCUAUGUCGAGUACAACCAACAAGGUAAACUAGUAAACGCACUUGCAACGAGGGGGGUGGUGAAGAGUAAAUGGCAAGAAGACAAAACAGAGAAUAAUCACAAGCAGGUUUGGGGAAGUUGGUAUGAUAUCGAACGAGGCGAAUGGGGUUAUGGGUGUUGUAGAAGUUGUGUUUGCAACAGUUACUGUACUGGCGACGCUGGAAUCGCUGCUGCACAAGCCAGUUCUACCGUCCCUUCCAUUUCGAAGAAAGAAGAGAAGCUGGCUGAGAAGGAUGAAAACGAAAAAGAGUCGAGAAACAAACGUACCCGCUCUCGAUCCCAUUGCACAUCCUCUCGCCUCUCCUACUCAAAUUCCGACUCGGACUCAUCCUCCUCCAACUCUCGCCACCAUGGUCGACAUCACAAACAUCCUUCUUGCAAACCUCACAACCGUCGCUCAAAAUCGCGUUCCCCCCCUACAUGCUUCAUCUCCCGAAAACACCUAGGCUCCGGAGCCGUCUCCUCCCGUCUCGACAAAGACAAACUGGAUAGAGCGAUUUUAGCGGAACGUGCGAAAAACGAUCCCGCUCUCGCUUCCCAGCUGCAAGCUGAAAGACAAAAACGCUUCGAUGCUCUACCAGAUUGGGCCAAAGAGGCUGAAAUCAUCAACUCCAAAGUCUACCGAAACCCAAAGGUCGACCCGGAUAGAGGCGACCUAGAUGUAACAGAAGAACAGUUGGAAGCUUACAGGUUGGUCAACAGACAAGGUCGGGCUGGACUAAGUGAGGAUCCGAUGGCCAACUACAGGGAUGAGGAGGAUGAAUGA